AUGCAGAUGUUGGCCAUCCUGUUGCAGGCUCUCCUUGUGCUGGUCGCCGCCGUGAUGGUGUCCUGUGACGUCAUCCCCAUAGUUUCGCGCACCGAAGAACGUGACGCCGCCGGGCAGUACUCCCUGUCGUACCAGACAGGCAACGGCAUCACGGUGGUGGAGCACGGCGAGCUGAAGCCCACUCCUGACGGCAAGGACCACGUGCUGAUCAAGAGCGGAGGAUACCAGUACACCAGCCCCGAAGGCAAGCCUGUCGACAUCAGGUACAAGGCUGACGAGUUCGGCUACGUCGCCACCGGAGACGCCAUCCCAGUUGCACCUGUCGCCUAA